AGCAGAGGUUCCUUAGGAUUUUCACCUCAGCCCCUGGGGCUGCGGGAGCGCCCCGCGUGGUGCGCGUGUCCACGCAUCGGAACCCCGCCCUCCCCGCGGGCCUCCGUUCAAACGCCCGGUGGGGUCGAGAGCGGGAGGGAGCAGCGAAGGUAGGAGUCCGGCCUCGCUCACUGGCCUCCCUCCCAACCCCAAGCCGCGCAGCCCCAUGGUCCCCGCUGCCAGCGUGCUGCUCUGGGCCCUGCUGCUCAGUCUGGGGUCCUGGGCGGCGGGGGCCCAAGACCAGACCCAGACUCCGACCGGGACGCAGGUCAGUUUCAGCUUCGACGGUCCCCUGACCCGCAACUACCGGAGGACCGCCCGGACCCGUCUUCCCCGGAGGACAAGGAUAACUCUGGAGGAUGAGAAUGACGCCACGGCCAACGCCGACCGCCUGGCAGGCCCAGCAGCUGCUGAGCUCUUGGCCUCCACGGUGUCCACAAGGGACAGCGGGUCGUCUGUGUAUGGCGAUGGGUCUUUGGAAGAGGGGGUUGUGAUUAAUGCCAGAAAGAAUAAGAUCAGCCUACCAACGCCAGGUGCCACUCGCCAUACAGCGGGGGGUUCCACCACGACGUUUGUAGCUAAUGACCAGGAACCCGAAAUUAGGCUAAUUUCAAGCCUGCCUCGCUCUACCUCAACGUCCCAAGAGGACCCGCUGCUCUCCGAGGCCACCACCCUGAGCCAGUGGUCGACAGCUGGGUCCACCCCAAGUCGGUGGCCAUCACCCUCACGCACAGCCAUGCCACCCCCCGAGGAUCUGCGUCUGGUGCUGAUGCCCUGGGGCCCGUGGCACUGCCACUGCAAGUCAGGCACCAUGAGCCGGACCAGGUCCGGGAAGCUGCAAGGCCUUUCCGGGCGCCUUCGAGUUGGGGCGCUGAGCCAACUCCGGACGGAGCACAGACCUUGCACCUACCAGCAAUGUCCCUGCAACCGACUUCGGGAGGAGUGUCCCCUGGACUCAGGUUUCUGUUCUGACGCCAGCUGUGCCUCUCACACCACCACCACCACCACCACCACCCCCCCCUUCCCCAGCAUCCAGGCUAGACGCCGACCCAUAAUGCCGCCCCCAACCCCCAGCCCUAGCCCCGAGCUGACUUUUUGGAAACGGGUCAGGAUUGGCCUGGAGGAUAUUUGGAAUAGCCUCUCUUCAGUGUUCACAGAGAUGCAACCAAUAGACAGAAACCGGAGGUAAUGGCCACUUCAUCCACAAGAGGAGGUGUCAGCAUCUCAACCUCUUACCUUUUCAAUUCCAGCACCCACUAGAUAUAUUUUUAGUACAGAAAAACAAAACUGGAAAA